ACAUGUGUGAUUGUUUCCACAGGUGUCCGGGUACCUUCCGUGCUUUGAGAAAAUGCCUCCCCGUGGCAAGAAAAGAAGAAGAGCAACCUCAACAGCUGUAAAAGAACCUGCAUCUAAAGCAGCCAAAGGAGAGGCCCAGAAGAACAGUGAGGAAUCUCGAUCAUCCAGAGUCAAAACCAAAAGGGUGGAAUCAAGAAAUGUUCCUGAAAGCGCUCAAGGAGAAGUUGGUGCCAAGCAGGAAGGAAGCAAGAAAAUGUAUACUCACUGGCUUAUGAAAUCAGAGCCUGAGAGCAGGUUGGAGAAAGGAGUGGAUGUGAAAUUCGGCAUAGAAGAUUUAAAAGCUCAGCCCGAACAGACAGCAUGCUGGGAUGGAGUCAGGAAUUAUCAGGCACGGAAUUUCUUGAGGGCCAUGAAAGUUGGCCAGGAGGCUUUCUUCUAUCACAGUAAUUGCAAAGGACCUGGGAUUGCUGGCAUUGUCAAGAUAACGAAGGAAGCCUAUCCGGAUCACACUCAGUUUGACAAAACAGAUCCUCACUAUGAUUCUUCCAGCAGCAAAGAGAACCCCAAGUGGUCUAUGGUUGAUGUACAGUUUGUGCGAAUGACCAAGCGGUUCAUCCCUCUGGCGGAGCUGAAAGCUCAUCAUCAGGCGCACAAAACAUCUGGCGGGCCCCUGAAAGAAAUGGCUCUUUUCACAAGACAGAGGCUGUCCGUCCAGCCCUUGACCGAUGAGGAAUUUGAGUUUAUUUUGAGCCUAGAAGAGAAGAAGCCAUAGACGUUUGAAGGAGGUUGAAGCACGGCGAAACGAGCCAAAACCGUUAUGUCUACUGUGCUCCCAUCGUCGGUUUUCAAAGACGUUGGAAGCAAGAAUCUGGAUAUCCCUGGAGCCAUGUUAUGUUCACUACGGGUUGCCUUGUUUUUAAGUGGUACAUCUUCCAAAUUAAAGAAAUAAUCUGUGUUA